GACUACCAGUUUUAUGGGUUGGCCUCUCAUGAGCCGGUGCCCCCUGUUUUGUUGAAUUAGAAGGAAUGCUGACAGAGGAGGAUAAAUGUCCACAGUUCUGUAUCUCAGGGGUAAUGGUGUGGCCAGGUCUAAGCGCAGAGGACGGACAGCCAAGUAUUUUGUGAACUUGGCGUAGAGUGAGUUGCAGAUCAUGUCGGGCUCUUCUGGACAGAAAAAAGGAGCACUGCGGCAACGUAAAUGUGGAUUCUGCCGGUCAAACAGAGAGAAGGAAUGUGGACAGCUACUGAUGUCCAACAACCAGAAGGUGGCAGCACACCAUAGAUGUUUGCUGUUUUCUUCUGCACUUGUAUCUUCACAAUCUGACAAUGAAAACCUUGGAGGUUUUUCUAUAGAAGACAUACAGAAGGAACUGAGAAGGGGCAAGAAACUGAUGUGCACUUUGUGUCACUGUCCUGGUGCAACGAUUGGGUGUGAGGUGAAGACUUGUCACAAGACCUAUCACUAUCACUGCGCUCUGCAUGAUAAAGCCAAGAUACAGGAAAACCCAUCACAAGGAAUAUACCUGAUCUAUUGCCGGAAACACAAAGAACAGAUGCACAAUUCGGAAGAUGAAUUAGAAGAAGAGUUUGGCCACAGAGGCCUAAGUCCAUCACCUCGUAAUCGUGGCAGGGGAAGGGGCUCACGUGGAAAGUCGCGGACUACAAAUUCCCGAGGGCAGUCUGAGGAGAGCAGGCUCACGUCUUCACACUGUACAGAAGAGACCGAAAGCAGCUCCAGUAGAGACAGGUCACCACACAGAAGCAGUCCCAGUGACGGUAAACCGAAAUGUGGUUUUUGUCAUGCUGGUGAUGAAGAAAAUGAAACUCGAGGAAAGCUUCACAUAUUUAAUGCCAAAAAAGCAGCAGCCCACUACAAGUGCAUGCUUUUCUCCUCUGGUACUGUCCAGCUGACAACAACCUCAAGGGCAGAGGUUGGAGAUUUCGACAUCAAAACUGUGAUACAAGAAAUGAAACGUGGCAAACGCAUGAAGUGUACGUUAUGUGGCCUUCUAGGAGCUACCAUUGGAUGUGAAAUCAAGGCCUGCGUGAAAACAUAUCAUUAUCACUGCGGCGUACAAGAUAAGGCUAAAUACAUUGAAAACAUGUCCCGAGGAAUUUACAAGCUAUAUUGUAAAAAUCACAGUGGGAACGAUGAAAGAGAUGAAGAAGAUGAAGAACGUGAGAGCAGGAGCAAAGGCAAUGCAGCUGAUGUACACGCCAAUAACAACCCACCACAGGUCAAUGGAAAUUAAGAGCAAAGCAACUAAAAUCAGUGGAAUGUGCCAGAAGCAUGGCAGUGCACCGCACAUUUGUGAUAUGGGGGGGGGGGGGGGAGGGAAUGCUGGACAUUUUAAGUUGGAUUUUAGUGAAGAUUGCAAAAAAAUAAAAAAAAACGUCGAGGGAUGGGCCUUUUUUUUUUUUUUUUUGUCUAAAAAUCCGAACUGUUUGCGGAAUUAAAUCUUAGUCAGUGCUCCAACCCAAGGUGUUUGGGGCAGGGUUUUUUUCUUUACUGCUUCAUCAUGCUGUUUUUUUAUUUUUAUUCUUUCUAUUUUUUAAUAAUUGUUUUUAAAAUGUUUUUUUUUUUUUCCUAAAGAAUUCCUGAAAUCAGGAAGAAACAUGGAAAUGGUAUUUUGCUUCCCACGUGGCAGCAAAUAAAUAUUUCUAUAUAUAUCAUGUCGGUAGCCUUCCCCUCCCCCUCCCCCUCCCCGUCCCAUGGCACUCCAACCUGUUCACGUGAUCAAAAAAGACAUUCUAUAUGGGAAUGGCCAUUUUACUAUGGCAGUAUUUUAUUGUUUGGUACAGCAAUAUUGUACAUGUCUAUUUCCUUGCAUAAAUACAUUGUGUAUUCUCAGAAUCUAGGGCCGUCUGCUGUUUAAUUAUUCUAGGAGGAAUUAGUCUUUAAAUCUCAAGCUAUGUAGGUAUGUCUACACGUGGUUGAUUAGAUGGCGUAUAUUCUGUGUUUGCUCCAUACGUAUGAAUGCACUUGGUAGAAAUCCACACACGUGUUGCAGAAAAAACCCCAUUCAGAUGUAUGAGACCGAUAUUCAGUUUCAUAAAUUUCUGCUACGGAUCUUCCGCUCGGGAACAUCCCAAGACUGUUCAGACUUGCAGCAUGGAGAAGUCAUGGUUAGUACAGUAAAUCCAGCUGGGUAUAGGUACUUACAAAAUGUGAACAAACUUGUCUCUUAGGGUCCAUUCACACGC